AUGGACGUCGACAUGUCCUCGUCGGACGCCCCGGCGGCGCACCCGCAACAGCAGCAACAGCAUCAGAAUCAAACAGAGCCACCGAGCUCCAACUCGCCAUCGCAAUCAGAGACGUCCAACCAGCCGCCCAACAGUGCUGCGGCCAUCAAUGCCGCCGCGCAGGUUCGAUGCGAUGCCGCGAGCCUCGGUGUGCCAUGCACCAACUGCGUGGCCUUCCAGAUCGAGUGUCGCAUCCCCAACCCCAAAAGGAAGAAGCCGCAGAGUUCAAGCGGGAACAGAGACUCGGACAGCGAGAAGGGUGAAGUAACGCCUUCCAUCCCUCCUCCCACCACCCUGUCCGAUGAGCCUUCACCAAGGCCCACUGCAAACACUGGCCCGACGACCUAUGCGCCGCGUACUCCGACAGUUUACCAUUCGACCGAUGGCACCCCGCCCAUAUCAUACACUGAGUCGCAGGCCAGAAAAGAGGAGGUCGAUAAUGGCACCUACGUGAACCUGGUCAUGAAGCCCAAGUUCACUCGCGCCCCCAUCACCGACGCGGGCCGCGUCGCCUACCUAGGCGAAUCGUCCAACCUCGCCCUCCUCGUUCACGACCGGCAAGGCUCAUCUGAUGUUGUUCAUUAUCCCUUGCCCGAGAACGUGCGAGGCUCCCGAGCCAGGCUGACGGAGCUCGACAAUGUCGAGAUCGAUAUCCUGCACCAACGAGGUGCCUUUCUUUUGCCACCACGAACCCUAUGCGAUGAGCUCAUCGACUCGUACUUCAAAUGGGUUCAUCCCAUCGUCCCCGUUAUAAACCGCACCCGCUUCAUGCGGCAGUACCGCGACCCCAAGAAUCCGCCUUCUCUGCUGCUGCUGCAAGCAGUCUUGCUGGCCGGCUCGCGUGUAUGCACUAAUCCACAGCUGAUGGACGCCAACGGCUCGACCACGCCUGCUGCUCUUACAUUCUACAAAAGAGCGAAAGCCCUGUAUGAUGCCAAUUACGAAGAUGACAGGGUUACCAUUGUGCAGUCAUUGCUGCUGAUGGGUUGGUACUGGGAGGGGCCAGAAGAUGUGACCAAAAAUGUCUUUUACUGGAGCCGUGUUGCCACUAUUGUCGCCCAAGGAUCCGGCAUGCAUCGCAGCGUCGAGCAGUCCCAGCUAAGCCGUUCAGACAAGAGGCUGUGGAAGCGCAUUUGGUGGACACUGUUCACUCGUGACCGCUCUGUUGCCGUGGCGUUGGGGCGCCCUGUCCAUAUCAAUCUGGACGAUUCGGAUGUGGAGAUGUUGACCGAGGACGACUUUAUCGAGGACGAAGCCGAUCGCUCAAGUGAAUACCCUCCGGAUCCAAUUCACGUGCAGUUUUUUAUGCAAUACGUCAAGCUAUGCGAGAUUAUGGGCCUGGUUCUCUCUCAGCAGUACUCAGUGGCUUCAAAGGGACGGCAACGCAACGCCAUCGACCUCACCCACAGCGACAUGGCCUUGGCAGAUUGGCUACAGAACUGCCCAAAGCUUGUGUACUGGGAGGUUGCGCGACAUCACUUUUGGUCGGCGCUUUUGCACUCGAACUACUACACAACCCUAUGCCUCCUUCACAGAGCUCACAUGCCACCCAACGGCGUGGCUACUCGGUUUCCCGACGACUCGCCAUAUCCGUCCCGGAACAUUGCCUUCCAAGCAGCCGCGAUGAUUACUUCCAUUAUCGAGAACCUGGCAGCUCAUAAGGAGUUGCGCUACUGUCCAGCAUUUGUGGUCUACAGCCUUUUCUCGGCGCUCAUCAUGCAUGUUUAUCAGAUGCGAUCGCCGGUUCCGUCCAUCCAGCAGGUGACCCAAGACAGACUCCGCACAUGCAUGCAGGCCCUCAAGGAAGUAUCACGCGUCUGGCUCGUGGGGAAGAUGGUUUACACACUCUUCGAGUCAAUCAUUGGGAACAAGGUACUCGAGGAGCGUCUCCAGAAAGCAGCAGGGAAAAGACAUCGCAAAGCGCACUCAACGCUGGCCCAGCUAGAGCAGCACCAGCACCAGCAGCACCAGCAACAACAACAACAGCACCAGCAACAGCAGCAACAGCAACAGCAACAGCAGCAACAACCACAACGGACAAACUCCGACAUGUCUAAACGGAAGUACGAUGACAUGGCAAUCGAUUUCAGUGUCAACACUCCAACGCCUCAGGAAUCGUAUGAGCGGUCGCGGCCACAAACACCCAGUCUAAUAUCGAAGAAUGAAGGACAGAGCAACAACGUGGCGAUGGCGCCACCGCUGGCUUCACCUGGCCACAGGCAGAAUCCUGACACAUUUAUGGGCGGGACGUCGUCACGGCCUCAUACAAGACCUGCGACGCCCUUCAACCCAUCCUUUUCGGUUCCCGCCACGCCACCAGAUCUGUAUCUGGUGACACGCAACUCGCCCAACAUCUCUCAGUCGCUGUGGGAAAAUUUCCAGCCUGACCAACUGUUUCCUGAUAGUGCUGGGAUGCCAGCAAUGCCACAAAUGUCACCUCCUCAGAACCACCAAGGCGUCGAUCCCAAUAUCAUGGCUCAAUUUGGCAACACUCACGCGCAACAGGGAAACAUGCCCCAUCAAGGACAGUCGACCCAGGGAGCCUUUGCUCCAUCGCGUUCAUCGAACGAACCAGGGCUGGCUGGAAGCCCACUUCAGCAGAACAUGAUGCAUUCCAACAUGACUUCUUUUCCACAAGGACCUGGUAGCCUAUGGCAGCCAAACUUUGACGGUCUCGUGCCGGAUGGACAAAGCCCUAGUGACAGCUGGAGUACAGGCUCUGCCCAAGGUCAGGCAGUACCGAACACCCUGAAUGUCGAAGAUUGGUUCCAGUUCUUUGGCAUCAAUAACGGCGAUCUGGCAUCAUUGAACAUUGAUCUCAACCAAAAUCAAACGUAG